AUGUCUGGCUCAUCCUCGCCGUCACCGCCGCCGCCGCUGCGCCGCGGCCUGGGAUGGCGAUUGGGCUCGACCGCCGUCAUGGCCUCUGUCGGCGCCGUGUGCCGGGGCUUCCUCUACGCCUUCAACACCGUCGAGGUGACGGGCCUGCAGAACCUGCUCGGGGUGCUGGACAGGCGCAAGACGCAAGGGAAAGAUCGCGGCCUGAUUACCGUGUGCAAUCAUCUUGCAGUAGUCGACGAUCCUCUGAUUUGGGGUAUUCUUCCUAUGCGCUAUGCCUUUGACGUCGAGAACCUACGAUGGAGUCUUGCCGCGCACGACAUCUGCUUCAAAAAUAGCCUGACAUCGGCCUUUUUCAACCUCGGCCAGACCCUCCCCACGCACCGACUAUGGCAUUCUGAACUCGGCGGCCUGUACCAGCCGACAAUGACGCAAGCGCUCGGCCUGCUCUCCGGCCCCUCGUCGAUGCCCAAAAUCACACACCCGACCUACUCCACCAACGGCACCGACGUGGUGCCCGCGCCGGGCUUCUAUACGGCGAACCGCCACGCCUGGGUGCACGUCUUCCCCGAGGCGUGCUGCCACCAGAGCGACGACAGCAGCCUGCGGUACUUCAAAUGGGGCGUCUCGCGGCUCAUCCUCGAGAGCGACCCGGCCCCCGAGUUCGUGCCCAUGUUUGUCGACGGGACCCAGCGCAUCAUGCCCGAGGACCGCGGCUUCCCGCGCUUCCUGCCCCGCGUGGGCAACCGCAUCCGUGUCGCCAUCGGGGCCCCCGCGGACGCAGACGUGCUUUUCGGCGCCUACCGCCAGCGCUGGCGUCGGCUGCGGGAGGGGAAGACGGACGAGGAGCUGAGGCACGGGCCCGAGGCGGUGCAGCUGCGCAUCGAGCUGGCCAAGGCGGUGCGCGACGAGAUUCUCAAGAUGCGCGCGACGCUCGGCCUGCCGAGGGAGGAGGACGAGACGGCGGCGCUGGCGGAGACGUGGGACAAGGAGCCGAAUAAGCGCAAGUUUAAGAGUCCGGUCGAUGGAAGCCUUGUAAAUAGACAUUAG